AUGGUUGCUGAUAUUUACGGUUUUGCUUAUGCUGCAACAGUUGCUGCUGGAGGAAUUAUGGGAUAUGUAAAAGCUCAAAGCUUACCUUCAUUGGCUGCUGGAUUAGUAUUUGGGGGUUUGCUGGGUUAUGGAGCAUAUCAACUCACUAAAAAUGCCAAUAGCUAUCAACUUUCACUCGGAGCAAGUUUAUUUCUUACAGUUAUAAUGGGAUAUAGAUUUGUUAACAGUGGUAAAAUUAUGCCAGCUGGAGUGGUUGCUGGUUUAAGUUUAAUAAAUGUUUUGAGACUGUCUUACAGAGCUGCAAUGCCGAUAAAAGAAGGUUAA